CGCCAGCGCGCGCCGCCGCCGCCGCUUGCUCCUUGGCCCCCCGCCUUGACCAUGGCCCCGCACUCGGCGCCCGAGGGGGCCUCGCCCCGACUUUUCACGUGGGACGAAGUGUCGCAGCGCUCCGGGCGCGAGGAGCGCUGGCUCGUGAUAGACCGUAAGGUCUAUGACAUCAGCGAGUUUAGCCGGAGGCACCCGGGGGGCUCGCGGGUCAUAGGCCACUACGCUGGCCAGGAUGCCACGGAUCCCUUCACAGCGUUCCACAUCGACAAAGCCUUGGUUCGGAAGUACAUGAACUCGCUGCUGAUCGGGGAGCUGGCCCCGGACCAGCCCAGCUUCGAGCCCAACAAGAACAAGCAGCUGACGGACGAGUUCCGAGAGCUGAGGGCCGCCGUGGAGCGCAUGGGACUCAUGAAGGCCAGCCCCACCUUCUUCGCGCUCUACCUGCUGCACAUCCUGCUCCUGGACGUGGCCGCGUGGCUCACGCUCUGGCUCUUCGGGACCUCGCUGCUCCCCUUCCUGGUCAGCGCCGUGCUGCUCAGCACCGUGCAGGCCCAGGCCGGGUGGCUCCAGCAUGACUUCGGACACCUCUCCGUCUGCCGCACAUCCACGUGGAACCACCUGCUGCACCAUUUUGUGAUCGGCCACCUGAAGGGCGCCCCUGCCAGCUGGUGGAACCACCUGCACUUCCAGCAUCACGCCAAACCCAACUGCUUCCGCAAGGACCCAGACAUCAACAUGCACCCCUUCUUCUUUGCCUUGGGGAAGGUCUUGUCAGUGGAGCUCGGGAAGCAAAAGAAGAAAUACAUGCCGUACAACCACCAGCACAAGUACUUCUUCCUGAUUGGGCCCCCGGCCUUGCUGCCCGUCUACUUCCAGUGGUACAUCUUCUUCUUCGUGGUCCAGCGCAAGAAGUGGGUGGACUUGGCCUGGAUGCUCACCUUCUACCUGCGGAUCUCCUUCACCUACAUCCCCCUGCUGGGCCUGAAAGGCUUCCUGGGGCUCUUCUUCAUUGUCAGGUUCCUGGAGAGCAACUGGUUUGUGUGGGUGACGCAGAUGAACCACAUCCCCAUGCACAUAGACCACGACCGCAACGUGGACUGGGUGUCCACUCAGCUGCAGGCCACGUGUAAUGUGCACGAGUCUUUCUUCAAUGACUGGUUCAGCGGCCACCUCAACUUCCAGAUUGAGCACCAUCUUUUCCCCACUAUGCCUCGGCACAACUACCGCAAAGUGGCCCCCCUGGUGAGGUCCCUGUGUGCCAAACACGGCAUCGAAUACCAGUCCAAGCCUCUGCUCUCCGCCUUCGCCGACAUCGUGCACUCACUGAAGGAGUCCGGGCAGCUCUGGCUGGACGCCUAUCUCCAGAAAUAGAGCCGCGGCCCGGACGGGGAGAGACCUUGGUGCAGAAGCAGGGAAGGAGGGACCACGCCACUUCAGUUUUGGUUUCCAUGGGAGCUGGGGAGAUGGGGGAGGGAAGGGCUGAGCCCCCGGCCUCGCUCUGCGACGUCACGGACUGGGGGCCGGCAGCGGGGAGAAGCCACCGGGGGCAGCCCUCGCCGCCCCUUCUUCCCGGCUUGGCAGGGAGAGAGCCGAGGACCGAGAAACAGGAGCUUCUGGGACUCACAAAGUGAUUUGGCCACACUAGUUACCACUCGGGGCUCCGCCCCUGGCUCGGCCCAAAUCAGAUGGGGAGGCCGGGCCGGCCCUGCAGUAAUGGGUCUGGCCGUUGCUUUCCCGGCCCCUCCUCCCCCCUUUCCUCCUCCUGGCCCAGAGAGUGGCAGCGGGCACCUGGGGAGGUGGAGAUGUCCGGGCCCAACGGGGAACGCUCCCUUCAGACCCAGAAGUCUCUGCUCGCCCCCCUGGCCGCUGGGCCCCCCAUGCUGCUCUGGGGACAGAAGGCCCGGACCUGCAGGGAGGGUUGGGUCCCAGGCCGCCGGGGCCUCAGCGGGAAGGCCGGGGCCAGUCGGCCCAAAGUUAGGGCUGGAAACCCUCCCGCUGCCCGCAUCCCCUUCUCCCCCCCCCCCCCCCCCCCGGGAGUUCUAGCUCUCCAUGUUACCUACACAGGGAGGGGGGCGCAGGCCUUUCCUCCCCGCUUUCACAGCCAGACCCGGUGGUGGGAGGAGGCUGCGGAGACCAGAGGUUUGUGGCCGCAGGAUUAAUGCCCUUUUCUGAGGCUGAUGGAGCCCUGUGUGCCAUCCCUUCCGAGCGGUGCCUUAUGCCAGGAUACUGCCUCUGGUCGGACACGGGCUGCCCCGGGGGCUGGCUCCCCUGCCUGUACACGGCAGCCAUGCGGGCAGUGCUGCCCCCUCCCCCCCAGCUUCCUCUGGGGCAAAACAAUGUGCUGGCCGUGAUCCCCAGCCCUUCUCUUGGUCACCAGGGAGCUUAUGGGGAAGGACAGAACUGGUUCCCUUCACAGGGAGAAUUGUUAAGUGGGCUGCAGGACCCCAGGGAGAGGAGCCAGGGCAAAGCCUGGAUAAUCAGGCAGAGGGGAAGUGGGUAUAGAGUAAGUGCCUAAUGAGUGCUUGUUGACUGAUUGGACCCCAAAAGAGUAAAUUCAUGAGGUCACACGUAUAUGUAGUUUUCAUUUGGUUGUCCUUGAACUGGGCCUACCAGAGAGCUCUGGGGGCCAGUCCUGUUCCAGUCUGCAGCCCACCCUCCUCCCCAAUUUUCUGGCUCUCAUUCCAGGACCCCCAGGGCCGAGUUCUCCUUUCCCACCAUCCUCUGGUGCUACCAUUCAUUCUAAAUGGAGAAGGGGGACACGACUCUUAGGGAGUUUUGGCCAGCCUGAGGCCCCCUAAAUCUGCAGAGCAUCUUGGGGUGGCCCUCCCUCUCCCCCAUAACAAAGGAUGACGGUACCCCUUUGCUGUUCAUUCUCCCCAUCUUCCCAGACCUGACCAGGUGGCAGGCAGGGGCUCCUGCUGGGCCGGGCUCCCGGCCUGCGCCAAUCGCGCGGCUGUUAAAAACCAAGACUAACGUGAUGCUGAGGAAUAAAACGAAUGUCUUUUUGGUCA